CCCAAUCAUAGUGCAGAAGAACGGGUUUUCAGAAUAUGGAUAGGGGAAAAAAAUUUAUUCGAUUGGACAGAUUCUGACCAACCAGAAACGAGCCCACCUCCGCCAUUCCGGAAGUUCAUGAGCAGAGCUUCAUACACGCUUUCCAAGGUGAACUGAGUUGAAGAUACAGAAUGGGGCUGCUUUCAGCCUUGACUCGAGGACUGGUCAGGGGAGCGGACCGCACAGCCGAGUUCACCAGCAAACGCGGCCCACGGACCUUCUACAAAAGCCGAGGAGCCAUGCCGACUGGAGUGGUCACCUCCAGCAGGAAGUUCAUCCCUGUCCGUGAAAUGAUCCCAGAGUUCGUGGUGCCCAAUCUGGAAGGCUUCAAGCUGAAAGCGUACGUGUCGUACAAGAGCCCAGCUGGUACAGAGCAGCCCAUCACCGCCGAGAGCCUCUUUAACCAGGCAGUGGCGCCGCACAUCCAGAGAGACUUUGAAAACGGCACGUUCGACCCACAGCAGCUGGAAAAAUACGGCUUAGAGAAGACACAGGAGGGGAAGUUGUUCAAAUUAUAUGCCAAAAACUUUGUACGUUAAAUGUGACAAAUGGACUGCGAAGGGGGAAAAAAAAACGUUAGGAUUUCUUUUUUGUUAAGAAGGCAUUGUGUGUAAUAUAAAUAAAUAUUUAACCUCUAAA